AUGGACUGGCUAGGACACGCCAAAAUCAACUUCACACACGCGCCGUCGCCCGUGGCACUCAAAGAGAAAGAUGGCGCCCAGACUGACCUGCUGAAGAUCUGCGAAAAGGUCACGCCGCCAUGCCACAUGAAUCCGCUCCUCUUCAACGGCCACUUGCAGACCAUGUGGACUGCCACGAAGCAGCACGGGCCCCCAGUGUACUAUCGACGAAAGGUCUUCCACGCCGAAGACAAGGCCUUUGAGGGCACUUUCGCCGUCGACUUUGUGGCGGAGCCCUUUAAGGAGACCGACAGCACCCUGCCGCCGCGGACGGUGUACUUUGAGGACCAGGAGUUUGAAAAUCUGGCAUCGGACGACAAUCGGCCCCAGUUGGUUGUUCUUCACGGCCUCUCGGGUGGCUCGCAUGAGAUUUAUCUCAGACAUGCCAUUGCGCCAUUGGUUGAUUCAGGGAAUUGGGAGGUAUGCGUGGUGAACUCGAGAGGUUGCGCCAACAGCAAGUUCACCAGUGGUAUCUUGUACAAUGCCAGAGCAACAUGGGACUUUCGCCAAACGAUCAAGUGGUUGAGAAAGAAGUUCCCGAACCGCCCUCUCUUUGGCUUGGGCUUCUCGCUCGGCGCCAACAUGUUGACAAACUACUGUGGCGAGGAGGGUGUUGACUGCCAAUUAACCGCCGCUAUCGUGUGCUCCAAUCCCUUCAACCUGGAAGUCUCAAACAAGGCGCUGAAGCGCACAUUCCUUGGUAGAGAAGUCUACCAAAGAGUGAUGGGGACUAGCAUGAAGCAACUGAUCAAUGGACACAAAGAGGAGGUGCAGAAACACACCAACCUCGACCUCGACCGCCUCCAAAACGUUACGUACCUGUGGGAGUUUGACAGAGAAGUCCAAUGCAUCAGCUGGGGCUAUCCCACAGAGAGCGCCUACUACCGCGAUGCGUCGUCUUCCGAUGCGGUCCUGGCCAUCAGGAUUCCCUUCCUCGCCCUACAUGCCACCGAUGAUCCUAUUGCCGUAGAAGAAGCUAUCCCGUACGAGGAGUUCGGCAAGAACCCGUACACGGUUCUGUGCACUACCUCUUUGGGCGGCCACCUCUGCUGGUUCGAGCCCGGAGGCGGAAGAUGGCACGCGAAACCGGUUGCGAACUUUUUCAACCACAUGGCAUUUAACGUGGACCACAGCCAGCUCCCACCGAAGACCAACGGAACUCCGCCCAGGAACGGCAAGUCAGAAUUCCACUUCAACCCAGCGAGACAUAGAAUGGAGAUUAAAGCAGGGUCCGAGUAG